AUGGCGAUUGGGCGUCUUCUUUCACCCAAACUAAAUCACCAUUUCAGCAGCAGAGGUUUCGUACCUUUGACGAGGAGGUGGGUUUCUUCUUUUUCACCGGAAGAUGGCCGGAAAUUAGAGACAUUGUCGGAUUCUAAGGCCUCCGCUAACGAAGAUAUUGGCAAAAAGGGAAUGGAUCGGUACUCUUUUGGAGGCUUUCUCACUGAUCUUAAGCAAAAGAUUAUUGGAAACAUGCUCUUCAUCAACAAAACUUCGGGUGAAGACUCGGUUUCGCCAAAAUCACCCAUGGUUUCCUCAGGAGAUGUGACUGCUACUAAGGUGGUCAGUUUGCAGAAUGUUGCAGAACCGAGUGUAAAAGACGAUACUUCAGUCUCUGAAAUAGGAUCUCAAGAUGCACCUCAAAAUGUUGCAGGAAGUGAGAUUUCUAGGAAGAGCGAAAGCACAUCUGUAGAGAAAGAGAGGUUAGAUAAUAAUAGCUUAGGCGGCUCGGAGUUUUCGCAGGAGAAAGUGUUGCGAUUGGUACAAGCUGAAAGAGUGGAAACCCCUGAGGAACCAAGUUUUAAAGAUGUGUCUCUAGGUUUAUCGACUGCACAACUGUUGGAAAGUCUGGCAUCACCUGGGAAAAAUCAGCGGAAGUUGCAGCUCUCGAACAUGUUUAUAAACCGGGAUCCAGAAAAGGAGGUUAAGCUUCCUAUGAGAUUUGAGGCACUGAGAAACAGUAAUUCUUCUAGUGAUGCGGGGAAUCCUGUCCAGAAAAUUAAAAAUAUCUCCAAGGAAAAUGAGAAACAGAGGUUUCCGGAUGCUCUCCAAAAACCGGAGUCUUGGGCAUCCUUUCUACCUAGGGGUUUGAGUCAUGAUCAGAAGAGUGAAGACUUGAGCAGGAAGGUGAUGGACUCCCUGAACCUUCAAACUGACAAAGGCACGGUUGCAGAUGCCAACUCGUGGAAUCCUAAUGGUGGAGAAAGAAAAGCUAUAUCCAAUGGAAGUUCUGUGACGAAUAAGAAUGACCGUUUUUGUGCGACAGAGGAAGAAGUACCCAAAGGGGAAACUUUAGUAAUGCAAAACCAAUCAUUGUGCAGUCAGGCCACCUUGGCUGCUACCACUGCGAAUCCAAAGUUAACAGAAAAGAGUUUGGACUUAUUAUCUAUUGGAAAUCACUCUCCUAACAAAGUAGUACUAAGGUUUUUGGAAGAAACAUGUACGAAGAACGACAUUGUUGAAUAUUUUUCUGGGUUUGGAGCCAUUUUGGAUGUACAAGAACUUCCCUCUUUUAAGGGGUGCAUUUACAAAGAUGCUCUCUUGACUUUUGAGACUGACUCGGCAGUAAAGAAGGCUCUUAAGAAAGCUGUUGUGACAGUGAAGCAUUUUCGUGCAAUUGUUGAGGCAACUUCUCAGGAAGACAUGGUAGAAAGUAUUUGCAUUCCAGGUCUCAUUGGCGAUCCAGAUGUGCCCAUUGCAUUGGUGAAGAAACCAACCCGAACAGUUAAGAUUCACCCGCUGGAGCGCGAUAUAACUUCAAAUCAGAUCAAACAAGCGCUAGGGUUCUGUAGGAGCGGCAUAUCUAAGUUUAUCAUGGGCUCAUCUAAAACAGCUGCUUUUGUGGAGUUUAAGACAGAGGAUGACAAAGACAGAGCACUUGCAGAGCAUUCAAUCUGCAUAUUCAACAAACAAUUGUUUAUCUCUAGGAUUGAUGUACCAAGGACAACAGUUGCUAGGAUUUCAAAUUUCUCAGCAUGUGACAUACGGUCACUGUGUGUACCUUACGGACAGAUCAAAAAAGUGACUUGCAGAGGAAAGGGUAUUGUUGAUGUGCAUUUCGAUGUCUCUGAGUGGCCAAAUAUGCUCACCAUUCUCAACAGCUUGAAUGGUAUGGAGAUAGAUGGUAUGAAGUGGGUGGUUCGACCAGCACCAGUUAUACCUCAUGAAAUUUUGAGGGUUUUGUGGAAAGAUCCUCAAGAAAAGAGAUAUGUGAAAGGUUUAAUUCAGAAUAUGGUUAGAGAGAUUGAGCAGCCUUUAGAUGCAAGUCAUAUAUCAGCUUUCAUGUACUCAACUUUUUGA